AUGCUUAGAAAGUUUGUGGUUUCUGGUCAAAGAUGUUUAGCAACUCGUUUGUACUCUGCAGCUCCUGCUGCUGCAUCAUCGGGUCAAAUUAACAAAGAAGCUUUAAUGAAACUUAGAAAAAAAACCGGAUAUAGCUUCAUUAACUGCCGAAAAGCUCUUCUCGAGUUUGGUCCCGAUCGCCUGGAUGAGGCUGAAAAAUGGCUCAAAGAAUUAGCACAAAAAGAAGGGUGGGCUAAAGCUGUGAAAUUAAGUGCCAGAGAAACAACACAAGGAUUAGUGGGUGUAGCUGCUUCAGGCCCUACUGCUGCCAUAUUGGAAUUAAGUUGUGAGACAGAUUUUGUUGCUCGAGGAGAUAAUUUUAAAUCUUUGUUAGAGCAAAUAACUGCUUCAGCUUUGAAAGCUUCUUCAUCCAGAAUAGCUUCAAGGGAUGCUUCGAAAAUCACGCAGAUAAGCUUUGAUAUGAAAGAUCUGAAGAAUUCCGAAGGAAAAACAUUGGAUGAAGUAGUUGCGUUGUCCGUAGGGAAGUUGGGAGAAAAUAUUGCUGUCAAAAAGGCUCAAAUACUCGUUGCUCCGGAAGGAGCCUCGUUAUAUUGCUCUUCUCAUCCGAAAGAAGGUACUGAAUCUGUGAGUAUGGGUCGGUUUGUCUCUGUUGUUGCUUUGUCCAGAGCGGAAAAGAAGGGAUUGUUCCCUACUGAGAAAUUAGCCAAUCAACUCUGCCAACAUAUCAUUGGUAUGCGUUCUGAGUCUGUUGGUCAACCUCCAGCUGAAAAAUCCACGCAAAAGCAAAGUUCAUCGGCGGAAGAAGGUAAAGAUAAAGACGAACUCAAUGAUUUCUUCCAAGGACAAACUACUCAUAUUGAUGAGGACGAAACUACCUUGUUACGCCAAGCGUUCAUGCUUAAUCCAUCACAGACCGUUCAUGAGUACUUAACAGGUCAUGAAGCUAAAGUUCUGGACUUUGUUCGGGUCCAACUAGGAGGAGAGAAAGAUGAAUAA